AGCAACGUUCUUACGCCUUUAAAGAAAAAAGUUCAAAGUAUUGGAACAAAAAAUACUAGAUACCAAUGUGAAGAAUUCAUCGGUUCUUUAUAAAUAUAAAUAAUAAAUUUUUUAAUAAAAAUCACAAUAUUUUUUAUUUUGGUCAAUUGCUUCUUCCGUCGAAUCGCGAAUUUAUAUACAAAAUGUGCAAACCGUUCAAUAUUUACUACACGAUAUUAUUGUCUUUAAAAAUACUUAUUUAAGUCUUUAUUCCAUUUUUUCACAAAAAAAGAUUAUCUAUACAUCGCAACUCUAAGGGCCGUUUAACAAUAUUUUUUAACACUAUUUUUACCACAAGUAGCUUAACUGGAUUAUGACUUUAACCGACAGAGCCGUUUUCAUCAACUUGCGGUUAGCGCACUUACAGAUAGAUGGUUUGAUUAUUGUGAUUGCGUGAGGAAAACAGUUCAUAAAAUUUGCAUUGUGGACAAACUGUAUAAACGACAUGUACGUGCAGGCUCAGACGAGGACUCUUUGCUGCCCAAACUGAUUUUCGUAGGGACGAUGAGGAAAGGCGAAUAGACUGUGCCGCUUAUACUCGCGUGUUAUUUUCCGAAAAAAAACAUAUCGUCACCUAAAAUGCAAAAGGCCGUAACUAACAAAAAAUUCAAAAUUGACUUUUUGAUUGAUUAUGAAGUACUUAACCGAAACACGUGUACACAGCAAAUUUUACAUGCAUACAUCCAAAAAUAACGACUUUAUAGGCGAGAAUCAGAAGGCCGCAACUACAACUUCAACAAUUUCAUAAACCAAAAAGCCGUAACUACCCUUUUUUCAUUCUCUUUGAUUCAAUUUCAAUGUGACACAUUGUGUUAUCCGUAAUUACAGUUGUUUUCAUUAUCUUUCAUUCUUUAUCAAAUUGUGUUAUUGUGUUACUGCCUUUAUUCCCGGAAUAAAACAAAAAUAAUAAAAUGAGUACUAAUUGUGAAAAUGGUUGUAAAGAAAAACUUAAGAAAAAUAAUAAAAGGUCCGGAAAUAUAAUAAACCGAUUGAAAGGAAAAAAUACAUGGGACUAUCGAAAGGCAUUAUUAGUGAAAAAGCUCCAAGAGAACUUAAAGCUGGAUGUACUUCAAAAUGCUGUGAGAAAAGUGCUGUACGGAAUUGUUCUACAUUUUCCGAAGAAAAUCGUAAGGAGAUAUUUAAUGGGUUCUGGAAAAUAUCAUGGGAUCAAAAAAAAAUGUAUGCUGUUAAUCUUGUUGAACGCGCGAACAUACAUAUGUAAGGCGAAUUGGUGUUGAGAACUCUAGAAGAUCAAUUACAAAACGUUACUAUUUAAAACAUCAUUCUAAACGUGUUCAAGUGUGCUUCCAUAUGUUUUUAUCUACGAAUUGGGUAAAUUUCAAUGACUCCCAUGGCACCAAUAUUUCGCCAGAAGAACAAAACAAAAUAACAUCAGAACGUAAAGCAUUUACUAAUGAAGGAGUCUUAUUUCAAAAACGUGUAAAUUUUCUGGAAAAAUGGUUGCAUGACAUUCCUAAGCUUGAAUCACACUACUGAAGACAGUAUACGAAGAAACUGUACUUGCGGUCCGAUUUUAAAAGCUACAAACAUGUCUAUGAAGUUUAUUCUAAAGACUGCGAGACUAAUGAAGUAGUUAAUGUAUCUUUUCCAACAUUUAUGGCAGUAUUAAAAAAACAAAACUGUUGUAUAUUUAAGCCAAAAAAUGAUAUGUGCGACACCUGCACAUCAUACGAAUCGAAGAACUUAACCCAAGAUCAGUACGACAUUCAUAGAAAGGAUAUACAAGACAUGAGAAGUGAAAAGUUAAUUGACAUAGAAAACGCCAAAUCAGGAUUACACUUGUUGUUAUGCAUUGACAUGCAGGCAGUGAAAUUGAUUGCACAGACAAAUGCAAAUGCCACGUACUAUAAAAUGAAAUUACAAGUGCACAAUUUCACAAUUUAUAACGUUAUUUCACAUGAAUCUGACAAUUUUGUCUGGGACGAAACAGAUGGUACCCUUGUUGCUUCUACCUUUGCUACAUGUAUAAUAAAAUACAUAAAAAAUUCCAUUAAAAAGUCACCAAAUAUUCAUCACAUAAUUAUAUAUUCCGAUGGUUGUUUCUACCAGAACCGAAAUGUAAUUCUCUUUAAUGCAAUAUUAUGUUUAUGUGUUCAAGAAAACAUAACUGUAGAACAUAAAUAUUUAAUAGUGGGACAUACACAAAUGGAGUGUGAUUCGACCCACUUUCUCAUUCAAAGAAAAAUCAACAAGAGACAAAUAAAUUUUCCAUCUGAGCUGUCUGGCUUGAUUAGAGAGUCUCGAAAGAACCCAUUUCCUCUAAAAGUGCACCAUGUUGAUUACAAGUAUUUCCUUGACUACGAAAGUAUUCCUAAGCGCUACGUAUCUAUUCGACCAGGCAAAAAAUCCGGAGAGCCAACUGUUAAUAUGAUCCGUGCCUUGGCAUAUGAUCCAUCUGGAAUAAUUUAUUAUAAAACAAAUAUCAACGACGAUUAUAACGUUUUGCCACAACGAACACAACAAAAAAAUAGGGACCUUCACAGUUACAUACCGAAAGAAUAUCAAUAUCCGAAAAGAAAUGGGAACACCUGCAGGAACUUAAAUUUUUACUUCCGGCUGACUGCCACAGCUUUUAUGAUAAUAUACCCUUUGUAUUGCAGGUUUUGUUGUUUUCAAAUGAAUUAUUUUGUUUUUCUUAACCAGUUUAAUUUAAUUUUAUUUUCUCGAAUUAAAUAGAUACAAAAAGACAUAACUUGUUAAAAACUUUUUUAGUUACAGCCUAAAAGCACAUUUUCUUAUUUUAACCAUUGCUUUCAUUUUAUACACAAUUUUUUCAAGUAGUUACGGCUUUUUGGUUUCAGAAAAAUGGAGUGCAAAAGGCCGUACCUAACAUUUCUUAAAAACUGCUUUUUUCCCGUUAAUUCGGUUUUCAGAAACAAAUCCGUCUUUGUUUUCUAAGCUUAAAUCUACAAUUUGGAUAUUUAGCUUUAAGUAAUCUUUAAUCUAUAACGGUUUUUGCUUCUCCUGUAAAAUACUAAAAAUGUUAGUUACGGCCUUUUGCAUUUUAGGUGACGAUAUUGAGAUUGUUCAACAUGUUGUCCAUAAAGUUCUGUUCAGGCGCCUAAUAUUCUUGACAGAUAAUCCGGAUUAACCGCGCACUUAAUCAGAUCCAAAUUUGUAGGUGACAGACGGCAGCUAUGCGAGUUUGAAACUCUUGUAAACAGCUGAUUGUCAUUUUCAAUGAAAAUGGAUAGAAUAUUGCGGUUGUUAGCCGCCCAAUUGUUAUAAAACCAUUUUUUAUUACAAAAACAUAUGUACAUAUCAACAUGCAAUUUUUAAAAACUCUAAAAUUAUGUGGAUUAAAUGGGAGUUCCCAACGGAGUUAUCUUCACUAACUCCUAAAUUAUUCCGGAUUAACGCUACCGUCUGUCAAUGCUAUAACCAAACAUAUGCGAAUGGCAUAUUUUAAUUAGACAAAAUUAAAAAAAAAAGCUAAGUACGCAUUGUUUAUAAAAAAUCAUUUGAAAAGCGAUUUUUAAGUUGAACUAAUUAUGUUCCAGAAGUGAUAAAAACUUAAAAUUUUCAAAAAUCGCGAUGAUGAAAAAAGUUGAAAUCCGGUUAACUGUUUGUCUAUCCGGCCGCG